GUAUUUCAGAUUUCUAGACAGUUGGCAUCGGCAAACGAAUCUUGCAUCAAUAGGAUCGGCAACAAAAAAAUCAUAAUGAAAUUAACUCUCGCAAUUUUAGCCUGCGUGGUCAUCGUUGGCCUUAAUGCGGCUAACGUUCCCAAGAACCAAUCUUAUGUCGUUGACAAGGCUUACUUGGAGAAGCAAAAGUUCUUGUUUGAGAUUUUGUACCGUGUGGAGGACCCUCUUCAAUUUGAAGAAUACAUCAAACUUGGUGGCAAGCUCAACAAUGAUACGUCAAAAUACCAGAAAUAUGAUAACUCCAUGAGCCAGUUCUAUGCUACGUACAAGGUUGGUGGUCUUCUUCCCAAGGGAGAAUACUUCAGUGCUGUUCAAAAGAUUCACUCUCAACAAGCUCUUGGACUCUUCAACUUCUUCUACUACGCUAAGGACUACGAGACAUUGGUGCAAAACAUCGCAUGGGCUCGUUUGAAUGUCAACGAAGGUAUGUUCGUCUACGCCUUGACCCUUGCUGUCAUCCAUCGCCCAGACAUGAAGGGGCUCAUCCUCCCAUCCAUCUUUGAAAUCUUCCCACAAUUGCACCUCAACGCUAAAUCCGUCUACCAGGCCGAGAAAUUCGAUUCUGAUGUUUACAACAGGAGAAUCAUGCUCGAAAAGGAACUUAAAUCCAUCUACGAACAAGAAACAAAUGUUGAAAACUCCAAACAAUUCUACUUGAAGGACUGGAAGACCUGGCAAUGGUGGAAAUUGAUGGGUUUGGAAGAGAAAUUCUACACUGAAGAAAAGACUUUCCUCCGUAACAACAUCCAGGAGUUGAUUAACAACCCGAAAUACAAGGAAAUUUUGAAGGAUGUUGAAGCUUACUAUCUACCAGUUGACUACACCCGUGACAUCGGAAUCUUUAACGAAGAAUCCAAAUUGAGCUACUUCACUGAAGAUGCUGGUUUGAACGCUUACUGGUACUACUUGAACAUGGACUACGCUGACAUUCUCAAUGGUGAAGAAUAUGGUUUGAACAAGGACCGUCGUGGAGAAUUAUGGAUCUACAAUGUGCAACAACUUUUGGCUCGUUACUACAUGGAACGUCUUUCAAACGGUUUGGGACAAAUUGGUGAACUUUCAAUGUACGGAACAGUCAAGGCCGGUUACGAUCCACAAUUAAUUGCUUACAAUGGAAACGGGUUCUCAUACAGGAAGAACUACUACGACUUGCAAUCUAAUUUGAACAUGGACCUAGCUCUCCGCGUAAUUUCUGUUCACCGCAGAGUCAUGGACAUUAUUGACACUGGCAAAUACGUCACCAGCACAGGCGUUGAAAUCGAUCUUUCCAGUCCCAAUGCAAUUGAUUACAUUGGCAGCUUGAUGCAAGGCAACGUUGAUAUCCUCGACAAGAACAUCUUCGGACACUGGUAUGCCCUUACCAAUGCCUACUUCAGUGGUGACAAAUAUGGAGCAUUCAUUGUCCAACCUCACGCACUCCAAAACUACGAAACCAUGCUACGUGACCCUGCCUCUUACCAGAUUUUCAAGCGUAUUGUUGAAGUUUACUAUAAAUUCAAGAACAACCUGCCAUCAUACAAACGUGAAGAACUCAACGUUCCCGGUGUCAAGAUCCAAGAUGUUGAAGUGAGCGAACUGAAAACAUACUUCGACUUGGUCGAUCUCGAUAUGACCAACUUGUUGAACGAGAAAAUGGUAUUUGCCGAUGGAAAACUCGUGUGGGACAAGACCCUGUUGGCCCGCCAAAUGCGUUUGAACCACAUCCCAUACAACUACAACAUCAAGGUCCAAUCUGAUGCCCCCAAGAAGGUCGUUAUCCGUACCUACCUUGCCCCCGAAUUCGACCAAAACGGCCAAAAGAUCGAUCUAUUGAGCAACCGUCAGAACUUCUUGGAAAUUGACAUCUUCAACUACGAAUUGCCCGCUGGAGAAACCAUCAUCAAGCGCAACUCAAAGGACAUCUACUACAACACCAACGAUCAAACAACCUACACCGAAUUGUACAAGUACGUUAUGUUGGCAUACGAAGGUAAACAAGAACUGCCAUAUGGAAUCAGUGAGGCUCACUGCGGAUACCCAGCUAGAUUGGCCCUACCCCGUGGUUGGGUUAAGGGUAUGCCAAUGAGCUUGGUUGUUGUCAUCAGCCCAGACAAUAGCGAACAACAACAAGUCCCAACAUACGACUACAAGAUCACAUGCGGAAUCGGUUCAGGAGCUCGUUACUCUGACAACCGUCCAUUAGGUUAUCCAUUCGACAGGAAGAUUGAAAACUAUCAAGAAUUCUUGGUACCAAACAUGUAUGUCAAGAAUGUCAAGAUCUACCACGAGGAUAAACUUGACAAAUACUACCCAUUGAAAUACGAGAACUACGGUAACUUCGACUACAACUACUAAGGAGUUCAUAAUUUGGGAGACAACAUCUGCAUACAUCUGAAAUACAUGACUUACGCAAAUGUGAUACCUACGAUACGAUAAUUUUUUUUCAGUCAAUGUUCUUUUUUUGAAUAAUUUAAGUAUUGACUUUUGUUUUGAAUAGCUUUAAUUUGAAUAAAAGACUAUAAAUAAAGUAUAUAGUUUAUAAAAACCUAAAAAA